ACUCGAGUUGAUCUCUAUCAAUUAACCGUCUUCUCCUCCAGUUGGUAGUCCAAGUCUCCAGUCGCUCCUCGAAAGGAAUUCCCAACAAAACCUCCAAAAAAUGAACAAGAGUCUGUCACUUUUCGUUCUGAUGAUCGGCGUGGCUGUUUUCAUCGCUCAAAUGCCAUUCCAUUCGGAAGCAGCACCCGUGGACGAGCCCCAGUUCCUGUCCAUCGACUUGACGGAUAUUAUGGAAGAUGGUCUUACCACACUUUCACCUUCAGGAGAUGAGUCAGCAACAAUGGCGACGGACGUUGAGGAUGACCGCUGUCAAAACUGCCCUACUAAGACCACACCCCAUCACACUAAACCUACUACCAAACCCACCCGUCCAACCAAGAAAACUAAGCCAACCACUAAACCCACUCACACCACCAAGAAAACCAAGCCAACCACUAAACCCACUCACACCACCAAGAAAACCAAGCCAACCACUAAACCCACUUACCCUACCAAGAAAACUAAGCCCACGACUCGUAAGCCGUGCCCCACCGUCUGUUAUCCACAUCCAGUAUGCCCUCCCUGCCAGCAUCCAGUUGAAGAUGAAGUUGAAUCAACUGCUGAUGAUGACGCAGCUGUUGAAGAAAUUGCCCAAGUCGUGGAUUUCGAAUGAGGCAAUCGCACUUGUUGAAGCUUUCCCCGGUUGAAAUGUUUGAACUUUAAUGCGUUAUCUGGACGCUAUGAAUUGGAAGCUAAUUUCAAUUUCAUUUCGCUUUUUGCUGGCCCAAAAAACUAACCAAUGGCUCUAUUGAUUUAUGAUUUUUGACUUGGCGAGAAGUGAAUAACAAUAAACCUAAUCAAUUUCUU